AUGCUUGCCAGUAGAAAUAUCCGCUGCGCCUCGAGGGCGCCGCUUCGCCGCACGUUCGCGACGACCUCACGACUAUCCCUGCUUCCUUCAACUAGAUGUCAAGAUAUCCUGCCAGACGUCGAAUUCAAGACGGGUGCUCUUGACAGCCUAGCUGGUAAAGACUGGGGCAAAAAAGCGAAAAACAUUGAAUCCGACUUGCGCAAACUGACAUUGGAACUUCGGAAGCUUUAUCGAAAGAGUCACGACCUUCGUGUAGUGAUAGAGAGUAGCCGUAACUGGUUCGGGCUUGCGUUGACUGUCUUGCAGCAUGUCAUGACGCAAAAUGUAUGGGACACGCCAAAGUACAGCACGUAUGAUGACGUCGAAAUCGACCUCAGCGACGUGAAGGUCGCGGGGAAGAAGAUGCAAGUAUUCAUGGCAUCAGAUGUUGAGCUGGGCUGA